UUUCAAGUGAAAUUCCGCAUAAAUUUCCAUUACCAUAAUUCUGAAGAAUAAUCUCCAAGUUAAUUAAUGGCUAUUCAAGGGCUUUCAGUGUUGUUGAUCACGCCCAUUUCUUCAGCUGCAAAACACUUUGAAGAACAGGGGUUGAAUUUCAAUCCACCGAAUACCUUUUUGGGCGCCAAGCUAUCGACUCAGCUGUCAAAUUUAAGUCUCGUUGCUUCGAAACGACGUAGUUACGCUGUCGCCACCAUCUCCUUCAGUUUGCCCAACACAAAGACAGAGGGGCUUAAUACUGAUAAGAAGGCCAAAUGGUCAGCAAGGUCGAUUAAAUCGUUUGCUAUGGGGGAAUUGGAGGCGCGGAAACUUAAAUAUCCGAAUACUGGGACGGAGGCUCUACUCAUGGGCAUUCUGGUUGAAGGGACCAGUUUGGCAGCAAAGUUUUUGAGGGAGAAUGGUAUUACACUCUUUAAGGUGCGAGACGAAAUUGUACGAUUGAUAGGGAAAUCAGACAUGUAUUUUUUCAGUCCUGAGCAUCCCCCGUUGCCUGAACCAGCCCAAAAGGCUCUUGACUGGGCAGUUGAGGAGAAGCUGAAGUCAGUUGAAUAUGCAGGCGAAAGCGGUGAAAUAACAGUGACACAUAUACUUCUGGGAAUUUGGUCACAAAAAGAGUCUGCAGGCUAUAAGAUAUUGGCUGGAUUUGGUUUUGAUGAUACGAAGGCUGCAGAACUAGCUAAAAAUAUGGAUAAGGAUACAAUUUCGAGCUCCAAGUGACCUCUUUAAUUCGUCUGAGAAUCUUGAAACAUUCAUUCAGGUAAAUUUGAAAGGGAUAUGGUUCUUAGCUGAAUGACAUCGAUUUAUCGGCUAAUUUAAACAGGAAUAGUGCUUAUGAAUUUUGAUUUUCCCAAUAGACACUUGCAAACAUUAGAUGUCACCAUUGAUAGACCCGUCUGCAAUAUGAAUUUGUAUCUGUAGCUGUAUGACGGAUAGUCAUGUUUUCGCUUUGGUGGGUGUAUUUUGCUAUAGGAAGCUGAAAAGAUUAACAUUUUAUUCAGGUAUAAAUGAAGGCAUCGUUCAAUUCAUUCA